ACGUUUGAAAAUGUCAAAAAUGACCGGAAAAGCGAAAUGUCAUCAGAAGCAUUGAUAAAAUAAAUAUUUAUUUUUACAUUAAAAACGUAGUAUUUUCUACGUAAUUAAUAUUAAGUUUCUAAAUUUCUAUGUACAAAAUGGAAACCAAAGUAGCAAUAGUAACUGGAGGCAACAGAGGCAUAGGAUUCGAAAUAGUGAAAGGGCUGUGCCAAAAGUUUGAUGGUGCUGUGUACCUUACUGCUAGAAACGAGGAAAGAGGACGACAAGCCGUUGAGAAAUUACAAGAUUUAGGCCUAAAACCUCUAUUCCACAUACUGGACGUCACAUGUGAAAAAAGUAUUCAAGAUUUAGCUACACACAUCGCAACACAUCACUCUGGAAUCGAUGUUUUGGUAAACAACGCCGGCAUCCUAGACUUCGAUAAGGCUAUCUCAUCUCACGAAGACGCCAAGAAACUCAUCGAUACCAACUUUAUGAGUUUGUUGACCAUUUCUAAGAUAUUAUACCCUCUACUUUCCAACACAGCCAGAAUAAUAAACAUUAGCAGUGAUUGGGGCCUAUUAUCCAACAUACGCAAACAAGUCUGGCUAGACACAUUGGUUAAGGAGGACCUUACGGUUGAAGAAAUAUUAGAGUUUGUAAAUGAGCUGUUGCGAGCAGCUAAAAAUGGUAGGAGUUCAUUUGUUUCGAUGGCAGGGCAUUUUGGAGAUUACAAAGUGUCAAAAGUGGCUAUGUCAGCACUAACAUUUGUACAGCAACGGCAGUUUCUGGCACAAGGCAAAGACAUUUCCAUUAACUGUGUCCACCCUGGAUUUGUAAUGACUGAUAUGACAAAAGGAAUGGGUGACUUCACUCCAGAGCGAGGGGCACGGGCACCUCUGUACUUGGCCCUGGAGGCGCCCCAGUCACUCAAAGGAGCGUUCAUUUGGCAUGACUGUCAUCAUGUUAAUUGGGAUGACUAAGGAUGUAAUGGCUUUUAAAAUUGUUAGUGUUACAACCAUGUUAAUCCUGUGAUAUCAGUGUCACAUGCACUUUAAACUAAAAUAUAUGAUUUCUUUUAGUUGAAAUGUUUUCAUUUGUUACGUACAUCAGAGAAUAUACUGUAUAAUAAGAUAUGUACUUAUAUUUCCUGUCAUGGAGGUUGUGAAUGAUUUACUUAUACAGCAAUGUAACAAACAAUACAUUAUAUUCUUUGUUGGCCUAAUUGUAACUAAUUAUUAAUAAAAUUAAAUUUAUUAUAUCUGUUCCCUUAUCAAGGCCAUCAUCACUGUGCAGGAUGAUGUAAAAUUUGUUAGUAAAUAUAGUAGGUACCUGUUAAAAAAACACUUCUUAUUUCUUUUGAUUAAAUAUCUUGAUAUGUA